AAUCGCAGACGACCAAGUCGGCGUACAUGUAUCAGUAUUUCCUCAAAGUCGUAUCAACACAAUUCCGCAUGCUGGAAGGCAAGACUAUCAACACGCACCAAUACAGUUCAACACAAUUUGAACGUGAUCUGACGAAGUUUAAUGAAGGCGAGAACAAGCAAGGCAUUUUCACUCAACACGGCGUUGCGGGCUCACCAGGCGCGUACUUCAACUUUGAAAUUUCACCCAUCCUUGUCGUGCACUCUGAAACGAGGCAGUCGUUUGCACACUUCCUCACUUCUACUUGCGCUAUCGUCGGAGGUGUUCUCACCGUGGCUGCACUACUGGAUGGCAUCCUAUUUGCUACAGGACGCAAGUUGAGGAAAGGUAGUGACGGGAACGUGAAACUCAUGUAAAACCGUGUACCAUAGCAAAAUAUUCAACUUGAGCACACUCCUUGAGUAUUUAUCACAUCUUGCAUAUAACUUUACAUGAUGGCGAUUAUGCAUCAGCUAAUGGCAUGCUUCAGAAGUUCAGCCCAAAAAAACACAAAAUACG